CGUCAGCGGGCGGAGUAUUAUGGUCUGGGCUGCGCUGGCGGCUGCCUGUGUGCUGCGAGCGGCCGCGUAAACAUGGAGCUCUCGGCCGUCGGGGAGCGCGUCUUCGCGGCCGAGGCCCUGCUCAAGCGCCGCAUCCGCAAAGGGCGCAUGGAAUAUCUCGUAAAAUGGAAGGGCUGGUCUCAGAAGUACAGCACUUGGGAACCCGAGGAAAACAUCCUGGAUGCCCGGCUGCUCGCAGCCUUUGAGGAAAGCUUUGGUUUUUUUAACACCUCUAGGGAGCGAGAAAUGGAGCUAUACGGGCCCAAAAAGCGAGGCCCCAAGCCCAAAACCUUCCUGCUAAAGGCCCAGGCAAAAGCAAAAGCCAAAACCUAUGAAUUCCGCAGUGACUCUUCCAGGGGGAUCCGGGUGCCGUAUCCCGGCAGGUCCCCCCAGGAGCUGGGCUCCACGUCCCGGGCUAGGGAAGGACUCAGAAACAUAGCCCUGGCUCCCCAGGGCAGCUCCAGCACCAGCACCCCCAAGGGAGACGGCAUCCGGGACCGGGUGAUCCGCGUGGAGGAGAAACCCGGGGAGACCCCCAAAAAGAGAGGCCCGAAGCCCAGGAAGGAGCUUUACAAGGACCUGGCGGAGACUCUGGACGCUUCCAAGAGGAAACUGGGGGACCCGGGGGACAAGGUGGGGGACUACCUGAAAGCCAGGAAGAUGGAGGAGGCGGCAGCGGGGGCGGCCAAGUUUGGCUCGGGACACAGCGUCAUCCAGCUGGCCAGGCGGCAGGACCCCGACCUCCCCGGCGCCCUGCCCGGCCCCAACCGAGCCGAGGCGGGUGCCAAGCUGGGAGCUGCUGAGACCUACCCUCCCCGGCUGGCCAAGCACCGGGCAGACUUUCUGGACCCCAAGGGGCAGGGGGGGCUGGACCCCGGUGGGCCCAAGCUCCUGCACGGCGCGGUGAGCCCGGGUGCCGUGGGCAGCCUGUACCGCGACGGCAUGGGGGGCCAGGCAGGGCGGCCCUCCCUCAUCGCCAGGAUCCCCGUCUCCAGGAUCCUGGGGGACCCUGAGGAGGAGUCCUGGAGCCCCUCUCUCAACAACCUGGAGAAGGUGGUGGUAACUGAUGUGACCUCUAACUUUUUGACCGUCACCAUCAAGGAGAGCAGCACGGACCAAGGAUUCUUUAAAGAGAAGCGAUGAGUUUGUCUGUCGGAGGUGGUGCUGGGGUAUUCUUCGCUCAGAUCCAGACAAGAGCUUGGUUAGAGCUUGGUGGGCCUUUUUUUUUAUUAUUUUAUUUUAUUUCUUUUUUUUUUUUUUUCCUGGAGAGGAUUUAGAAACUGUCCUAAAUUCAUUAACUCAUUCUUUUUUUGGUUUUUUUUUUUUACAUCUUACAUUUUGUUGGAAAGAUUAUCUCUAGAGUUAUAUUUUCUAUUAGAUGUAAAUAUGUUAUUUAAGAAAAAAUGCAUAUAUAUAUCUAUAUAUAUAUUUCAACUCUGAGUUGUUUUAUUUAAAUGGAGACAACAGUGACUGCUCAGUUGCUCUUAGAAAGGACAAUAAAACUGAGAACGAACGGAGAUCAUGCAUCUGUUGCAGGAGCCGGUGUACAUAACGAACGAUGUUCAUAGCUAAUUAUGUUCUGGGGUGUUUUUUUUAACUAUUAUUUUUCAUAUGAUGCUAUGGAUGGUGGAGGGGGUAGUGUUACUCCCUCAGAGGGCAAAGUGCCCUGAUUUCUUGAUUGUGAUAUAAGGUGUUGCUUGUACAAUCAAGUGUGCUGCAUCCAGAACUGUUGCCCUUGACAGUUGAAGUAAGCACUUGAAUUUACAGUAUUGUUGGGGAGGGGGCGUUUCCAGUCUAACAAAAAAAAUAAUGUUGCUACAAAGUUGGGGUGGGGAAAAGCAGAAAUCCAUAAAAAGGCGAAAACUGUUCUAGCGGAGUAUUAACUUGAAUUACCUUUUCUUGUGAAGGAAGAGGAGGUUUGUGUGUGAUAUGUUCCUGAGAGGGGUGAUACUGAAAUGCACUUUAAUAGAGUUGUCGUAGCAGUUGUGGGAGAUGGGACUGAGCUGAGAAUCUGUUUUCAUUUUGUCUGGUCGCUUGAUUCUGUUCCCCCACCCACUUUAAAAAAAAAAAAAAAUUACCACCCAAGAAAAAACCCCUCUGUUUACAUUCCUGAAAUGCCAGAGAGGUUUGGGAGGGUAGCAUGUCACUGCCCAUAUUUAGAUGCUUUAUGCCGCUAUAGAAAGUGGAUUAUUUUUUAUCCCCCCCCCCCCCCCCCAACACAGUUCACUUCAGACUGUUGGAAGACUCCAGAUAAAGUGUUUUGUAAUAUCUGCAUCUCUGACAAAUCCCAGAGCCACCUUUAUGCAUUCAGAGACAAUAAAUAUUUCCCUUUUCUUAUGCUAGUUAAACAAUAGCCAAGAGGCAAAAUAUUCCCGUGCGUGAGCAGCCCUGCUGACUCGGGUGGCUUUUUGUGGUUUAUUUGCCUGUUAUGUCUCCUGGCUCUGGGGGUCCCUGCCGAGUUUCUCCCCGGCCCCGGGGCAGGGCACGGCCGUGGGGUUUUGUGGCUCUGAACGCAGUGCAGGGGUUCCCCCGCCGGGUCGAGCAGCGGCCGUGGGGGAGGCGUGGGGGCUGCAGCCCCCCGCUCCGCUCGCCCCUUCUUCCUCCAGCUUGGUUGCAGCCUGACCUGGGUGGGGAGCGAGUCCUUCACCCGUGUUGUGAUUUCGGUUGAGGUGUCCCCGUCCUGAGGCGUUGGUCUGAGCAUCUCUGUGGGUUGGAAAGCACAAAUCUGUCUGGUAGCGCUGGGGCUGGGCCAGGUCGCCCUUGUCCUUCCUCAUCAUCACCGGCUGCCCCGGCCGAACUCCGGAAGGCUCCUGCACGGGGGUGAAAGCACACGGGGCCUGACGGUGGGGAAAGGGGCUGGGGCAAGGAGCAGCCCUCUGGGGUUGGGCCCAGCUGCGGCUCCACCUUGCUUGGUCCCUUUCCCUGUCCUUCUUUGGGGACCUUUGUCAGCCGGCCUAGCAGGAGGAUGCCGUAUUGACUGUACAAAGGGAGCCAUCUCUGCAAGUUCUGGGGGUUUUGUUGGGUUUUUUUGUUGGUUUUUGUUCGGUUGUUUUUUUCGUUUGGUUGGUUUUUUUAAGGCAUAUUUUGUAAAAUUGAGAUUUUUAACUUGGUUUGUACGAAGAAUCGAUGUGUUGGUUUCGGUGCCAGGGCAGCCGACGCAGGACACGUGUGUUGUUGGAGGGAUGACGAUGGGACUGAGCUGCCCGUCCUCCCGCUGCCGCCGUGCCAAGGCUGGAAGGUGCCUCCCUUUGUGAAAGAGCCCGGAGCCGCGCUCCUGCCCCGCCGGGGUGCGGGCGGGAUUUGGUGUGCUUCACUCCAGCCCCGUGUAUAUGUGUGUGUCCUGACACACAUGUAUAGGGAGCAAAACAUACAUGUGGGUGUAUAUGUGUGUAUGUAUAUAGCGACGUAUAUACUGAGUGUGUGUGCGUGGGGGUGUGUGUGUGUGUGUGAAUUAUUUAAAUCUAAGACUUGUACAAAAACGAUUUGGCUAAAUCUCAGUCUCAGAAGUGAAGCUUAACUUACGUGUCUUCUGCCAGCCGUGAAUGUCCAUAUGAGACCUGCUUUUUAUGUGAG